AUGGCUGCGCAGCGGCGGGCGGCGCCGCGCGGCCCCGAGAGCGGCGGGACGGCGGCCGGGCCGGACCGCGGGGGCCGCCGCCACAGCAGUGCCAAGAAGAGCAGAGGCCAGCAAGCGUCACGGUGGAGGUGGCUGAAGGCAGCAUUCCUCCUCUCUUCUGGUGCCAUCGGUGGGCUCCUGAGCUGGAGCUACCUGCGUGCCGAGGAUGGGGUCACAGAGGUGCUGGCUCAUCACAGUGAGAGCCUGCGGGACAAGUUCAUUGAGAUCCCCUGCUCUGAGGACUACGACAGUCACAAAAGAUUUGAAGGGUGCACUCCUAGAAAGUGUGGAAGAGGUGUGACCGAUGCAGUAAUCACGAGGGAAGAAGCUGAAAGAAUCCGUAGAAUAGCAGAGAGGGGACUGUCCUUGGGAGGAUCUGAUGGAGGGGCAUCAAUUUUGGACUUGCACUCUGGAGCUCUUUCCCUGGGGAAGCAUUUUGUUAAUCUGUACAGGUACUUUGGGGACAAAAUUCAAGACAUCUUCACAGAAGAGGAUUUUGCAUUAUAUCGCGAUGUGAGACAGAGAAUUCAACAAAGGAUUGCUCAGGCAUUUGGUAUCAGCUCUGCUUCCAUGUACCUGACUAAGCCAACGUUCUUCUCAAGGAUAAACAACACAGAAGCCAAGACAACACAUGAUGAAUACUGGCACCCACAUGUUGACAAGGUAACUUAUGGCUCUUUUGACUAUACUUCACUGCUCUAUCUCUCUGACUACACUGAAGACUUUGGUGGUGGACGGUUUGUCUUUAUGGAUGCAGGUUCCAACAAGACGAUAGAGCCCCGAGCAGGCCGGGUUUCCUUUUUCACCUCUGGAUCGGAGAACCUUCAUCGGGUGGAAAAGGUUCACUGGGGCACUCGUUAUGCCAUCACCAUCUCCUUCACUUGCAACCCAGACCAUGGCAUUGGGGAUCCAGUCUUGAUGUAAUUCCUCUGGGGAUGGAACGUGAGGUCAAAUGGAAUGAGAGAAGCCCUGCAAGAGGAGAGGAAAAAGGGAGAUUACAUCUCUUAGUAACCUCACAUUCAAUUAGGAUUUCACAGCUGUAUUAAUAUAUUGUAAUAGACUUUGUUUUCACAUGUCCUUUUCCAUAAAUGUUGCAAACGGUGCCUUAAAGACCAUCUUAAAUGUGGUGUAUUCUGAAAAUCUUUUGUGUUCGUGUCCUAAAGGGAUAGGCUACAAAGAAGAGUUCUGGAGUGGGCUCUCUAUUUUUUUUUUUAAUUUUUUGUUUGUUUGUUUUUUAAAUUCUGCAGUUUAAAAGAUACAAACAAUCUUUUGGACCAUGUCUUGAUAUGACUGCCCAUGCUGCUGUUACCUGUUUAAUUAGCCUCUUCAGUUACUAAUGCGAUGUAGAAAGUUUGACCUAAGUUAAUAGAGCAAGAUGAGUGUUAUUCUUUUGAACAUACCUUCUGUUGAGAGGAAGGUGUUCUCCUUAGCAUGGGCAUUAGCGGGCAAUACACCUGUGGUUUGACUACUGGGACUUACUUGAACUUUUUUUAAUUGAAUUACUACAGAUAUUUUCUGCUACAAACAGGGACUAGUUAAUACAAAGUCAGAAAUACAAUUCUCUGGUUGGCCAGAAAGCCUAUUGCUUUUGGAUUACAAAUGCUUUGUGCUAGGGAAUGUCACUGCAUCAGAUCCCUUUGAUCAGAAUGCAGCAUUCCCAACUCACUUUGUUUUCUUUGGGUCUUAAUGAAAAUGAUCAGUCUCCUGGCUGGAAGCCCGGUGCUAGGGUUAAGAGCUCUUUAUGGAGAUGGCUUGACCAUGUAACCCUGUACAUUAAGUAAAUAUGAAAAAGGAGGGCUGGGCAGAGGUAAUCAGACAGUCCUCUGGAUUCAUCUAAGCAUUCAUCAUUACCUAAUUCCCAG